UGUCAUUAAUCUGUCAAAACCUGUAUGGAAGAAAAAGCUGAUGCAAUAUUAAUUUUUACGGAUUUCUGAUACAAAUUUUAGCGAAAAACUAACAAAUUAUCCUCUAAACCAUGACCGAGGAAGCGAUUUUCGAUCCUUCGUUGAUGAAGAAGAAGAAGAAAAAGAAGACAGCCUUCGAUUUAGAUGCUGCCCUCGCUGCGGAAAGCGGAACCACAGAAACGCAAGAACAAGAAGCUGCCGCGAACGAGGAAUCGACAAAAGAUGAUUUGGGUGACUUGGAUGCCGACUUAGAUUUGGAAAAUUUCGGUAAAAAGAAGAAAAAGAAGAAGAAGCCUUUCAUCAACUUGGAUGGCGACGAAGCUUCGGGCUCGACGGAACAAAAAGACGGCGAUGGCGACGGAGAACAAGGCGAUGCAGAAAUCGGUGGCGCCGAAGGAAACGAAUUUGACUUUGGCAUGAAGAAGAAAAAGAAGAAGAAGAAGGACUUGAACGAUAUUUUGAAGGAUGAGGAGGAAGCGGACAAAGAAAAUGUUGAAGAAAGCAGCACUACCUGGUCCGGCUCAGAUCGCGAUUACACGUACGACGAACUGCUAAAACGCGUUUUCGAGAUAAUUCUGGAUAAAAAUCCCGACAUGGCGACUGGAACUAAGCCCAAAUUCGUCAUCAAACCUCCCCAGGUCCUCAAAAUCGGCACAAAGAAAACUUCUUUCGCCAACUUUACCGAAAUUUGUAAAACUUUGCAUCGUCAACCGAAGCAUUUAUUGGACUUUUUGCUAGCUGAACUUGGAACAAGUGGCUCUGUCGACGGUAAUUCGCAACUCAUUAUCAAGGGUCGCUUCCAGCCGAAACAAAUUGAGAAUGUGCUGCGUCGCUACAUCAAGGAAUACGUAACGUGUCACACCUGCCGUUCGCCCGAAACAAUUUUGCAAAAGGACACGCGGUUGUUCUUCUUGCAGUGCGAAACGUGCGGCUCCCGGUGCUCCGUGGCGAGUAUCAAGAGCGGUUUCCAGGCCGUUACGGGAAAACGUGCCGCGAUUCGUGCAAAAACGGCUUAAAACCAGCGUCGAUUGUAGGAAACUUCUUUUUUUUGUCAUCAAGAUUUGUAUUAAAAAUUAAUAAAAAAGAUCAAUCUACUGAAAAAUUUAUUUUCA